AUGGCCACGCUGAGCUCGCCUUCUCCGCCCUCCUCGCCAUCCCUUACCAUGCGACGCAAGGGCUUCGUCCGCCGCGUCGAGCGAUAUUGCUGGAACGUCUUUACAUACUUCCCGCUUGCCUUCGUCUACGGCCUGACAUCCUGGGCGGUAUGGGUUGCCGCUGGAAUAGGCUUCGAACCUGUGCGGCGUGCUUGGACAGGCAAGGGCACCUCGGUCCUCAGUGUCGUUCUCUAUCUUCUCCUCAAUUGGAGCUACACGACAGCCGUCUUCACGGACCCUGGAUCACCUCUGAACCUGAACCUGAACCAUGGCUACAGCCACCUUCCGACCCAAGACACAAUAGCUUACACAUCAUACACGGUGAAGUCGACCGGCGACAUCAGAUACUGCAAGAAAUGCCAGUCCAAGAAGCCGGACCGCGCACACCACUGCUCGACCUGUGGACGAUGUGUCCUGAAAAUGGACCAUCACUGUCCUUGGUUGGCCACCUGCGUAGGGCUCCGGAACUAUAAACACUUCGUGCUGUUCCUUGUAUAUCUGUCUUUUUUCUGCUGGGUGUGCUUUACAACAUCAGCAUCCUGGGUGUGGAGCGAGAUUCUCAGCGAAAGCCAAUACACCGAAACACUAAUGCCAGUCAACACUGUUCUCCUUGCCGUUAUAUCCGGAAUAAUAGGACUAGUCAUUACAGGCUUCACGAUGUGGCAUCUCUACCUAGCUAUGAAAGGACAAACAACUAUUGAGAGUCUCGAGAAAACCCGCUAUCUCUCCCCAUUGCGCCGGCAGAUGCGCCAACAGCUGAACAACCGCAAUUACAUAGAUCCUGAUGCGAAUGGCCGUCCGAGCAUCAGUGACCAGCUUCGCGAGAUCCACGCCAACUCGCUCCCAGGUAUUACAAGACCAGAGGAAGGCGAAUCAUCGCCAAAUCGAUCCUUGUCACGCUCUCCAAGUCCGAACCCCAGUUCCAUGAGCAAUGACUACUCCCAUGGCGGAUACGCGAACUCACACUCGUACGAACACCGCGAGCGCCAACGCGACAUUGAGCGCUACGAUGCCUAUCUAGAAGAGAAGGAUAGUGACAGCCUCCCUAGCGCCUUCGAUCUUGGCUGGCGUCGUAAUCUCAAGCAUGUCUUUGGACCCUCCCCACUGCUGUGGUUUUUCCCGAUAACCAACACCACCGGCGAUGGUUGGUCUUGGGAACCAAGCCCCAAAUGGCUCGUAGCCCGCGAACAGAUACGUAAAGAGCGCGAGACGCAAGCCCGGAUACAAAAAGAAAGGGAGCGCGCAGCUGGGUGGGGCGUAGACUCACCGACCGAGGCGGAGAUGAUGCGGAAUGGUGAUGGCCCGUACGCGGCCGGAAACAACUUCUCGCCUCCAACUCGUCCUUCAAGACGCCCGGAAUGGCAGAGCCCCAGGGCCAACAAAGACGAGCACGAGAAUCGCUACCUCACCACUUCAAAUGGCGUUGCUAUGGUUCCCAUGUCUGGUCGCCGGAGCCCAGGGAAAGCUGACCAGAUUCUGGGGAGAGAAAGGGGCAUGUAUGCUGAUGGCGACAUGCAGCUCCAGACCCUUGAUCGAGAUAGAAGGAAGGCGGACCAGUACGGCUAUGUGGAAGAGGAGGACGGCUAUGAGGUCUCGAGCGACGAAGAGCGAGCACAGAGCGCGAAAAGGGGCCAAAGCUCGAAAUCCCAAAAGAACUGGAAUGACAUUCCAGAAGACUUUCUCAAACCGCCGCCGAAGGGGAAGAGGGGAUCGCGUUCGUCGAGUAAGCAGAGGAAGACGGAAGAGUGGGACGAAUGGGGUGGAGAGUCCUAA